AAAAUCUCCUUCAUGUUGUCGCGUGCGGUGUUCCUUCGCGGACGCGUUCCUGCCUCCAAGUGCAGGAAGUUUUGGGUAAAUAAACGAACCCAUUCCAAUCUUUACCCCAAACUUGGCGAAUUCACGAGCAAAUUGCGACAUCCCAAAUUCACCGUUGCCCCCACCGACAUACGGGUUCUACUCAAGCCGACCGACUUUCAUGAGCAGCUGAAGGAAAUGAUUAACAACGCUCACCAUCGCAUCUUCAUAUCUUCCCUUUAUCUAGGCUCAACCGAGUCCGACCUUGUACAACUUCUCACGAGCGCAUUACAACGACGUCCAAACCUACGACUAGACAUGCUAUUUGAUCUAAAUCGUUCUACCCGCCCUGAGCCAAACUCGACAGCGAAACUUAUCGCCCCUUUGGUUACACAGUAUCCCGACCGCGUCAACGUGGCAUUCUUCAGGAGCCCCAGCCUUCGUGGUCUGAUGGCGAAACUUGUUCCUCCGCGAUAUAAUGAAGGGUGGGGUACAUGGCACGCGAAAAUAUAUGGUGCCGACAAUGAAUUAAUGAUUAGUGGUGCAAAUCUGAACAAGUCAUACUUUACGGAUCGACAAGACCGGUACAUCCAUUUUUCCCAUCAGCACCAGCUUGCACAUUACUGCUUCGAUUUUAUCAAAGCCGUCUCGAAUUUCUCAUUCAAGCUCCUCCCUGCCACGAUAAGGAACUCAGAAGAGCAUUCUGUCCACACAAAGGAGUAUAGCUUGCGUUGGCCGCUUCCAAACAUGCACCCACAUGAGAUUCACGGGGUUGCGCAAGCUGCACUCGCGUCUCUGCAAGAUUCAUAUCGUCACAUAACCUCCGAACCGCUUGAUCCUCGAAAGAUCGCAUUGUUUCCGUUGAUGCAGGCAGGGCAAUUCAACAUUCGCGAAGAAGAGGACACGCUCCAAAUGCUUUUCGAGCAUCUGAAUGACUCGCCAACGACUUCUCGUCCACUUGUUGAUCUCACCAGCGGAUACUUCGGACUGUAUGACCCAUACCAGAAGCUAAUACUUGAGAAGCCAAACGUUGACUGUCGCAUCGUCGCAGCUAGUCCUCGGGCUAAUGGCUUCUAUGGCUCUCGAGGUAUCUCCGGUCGCAUUCCAGAGGGCUACACGUUACUUGAACAGCGCUUCAUGCAGGCUGUUUUGCAUGCCAAUCGACAGUUUGGCGUGCAGCUCAACCAAUGGGAACGGGAUGGCUGGACUUAUCAUGCGAAGGGAAUAUGGGUCUCGGAGUCUGAAGAGUCUUUGCCUCUGAUGACAUUGUUUGGCUCUACGAACCUCAACUCGCGCUCGGCCCACAUCGACACCGAGCUGUCGUUUUUGAUGCUUGCGCCGGACGACGAUUCGGAAGCGGUGUUGGCUCUGCGCCGUCAGCUGGCUGCCGAGCGGGACAACAUCCUCGCGCAUUCAAAGCCGUGGUCAGGCCACCAUCGUCAGGUUAGACUGGGUACAAAAGCGUUGGUCUGGCUUGUCGGUGGGAUGCUGUAG